CUCGACUGACCGAGUUCUAUUAUCAAAUUAAAAUGUCUUUCGUAAGAUUAGUCAUUUCUGCUCUCGCCCUCAUAGCUAGCUGUAAUGCUAGCGGCGUCGGACACAUAGCUCCUCUCUUCAAGUCAUUAUCCGUGGUGCGGUACGCUCCAUUCUACAACUUCCCGAACGGAGCGAGAUCAAUACAUGCAGUGGCAGCCCCGGUUGCAGUGGCUCCUCCUGUAGUGGCGCGAGCACCAGUGUUUGCUGCCCCUGCACCUGUGUUCCCAGCGCCUGCUCCAGCUUUCCCAGCACCUGCUCCAGUAUUCGCAGCGCCUGCUCCAGUUCUACCAGCGCCAGCUCCAGUAUUCGCAGCACCUGCCCCAGUGUUCCCAGCGCCACCUCCGGCUCCAGUAUUCGCAGCACCAGCUCCGGUAUUCCCAGCGCCCGCACCGGUAUAUCCAGCGCCCGCACCGGUAUUCCCAGCGCCAGUAUACCCUAGAAUUGCUCCAGCUUUUCCUUCAGCGCCGGUCUUUGCUCGUGCCGUACCUGCGUUACCUACAGCUCCAUUCUCACCUAUUGUAAGGCCUGUGGCUGUACCCCAACCUGCCCCAUUGUUCGCGCCAGCUUACGCCCCCGCUCCCGUUCCCGUAGCUAGAGCACCUAUCGGCGUAUCUCCUUACGGCCCCGUACCCUACGGCCCUGCGCCCAUCCUCAAACAGUUUGCGUGGAAAUGAAU